GCUUGUCUCUAUUCUUGUGAAGCCCUGAUCUUGUCUAUACUGUAGCAGCAGUGGCAGAGCAGGCAGUGUGCAUGUGUAUUCUCGAUUUCUUUUGUAUUUUGAUCAUUUUUCCUGCUACUUUUUUCAUUUUUGUGGGCUUACUUAUUACUUUUAUAGAGCAGUGUUUAAUACACACUGUGUAUUAUUUAACUGCUCUUUACAACUCAGCUGCUUUUUUGGAGGAUGGAGUGACACAAACUUUUCUGAAAUCAAAAUGAUAAGAGGAAAACAAGGCAAGAAAAUUGCAGCACAUCAGUAAAAACGUUUUUCAUCGUAAGAAGAUGACAACAUCAUCUCGCUCACUACUGAUGAUAUUUUGUGAUGAAUAAGUUAUUACUAUGCAUGUCCUUGAACAUGAAAUCACAGGUGGCAGGAGUGCAAAGAAUAUCGUAUUCAAAGAAGACAUCUUCCAAAAACUGAUCCACUAAACUGCAAAGCGUUUUGCUUCAUUUACAACCUUUUCCUCUUUCAAAAAGGAGCAUUCUUCUGAAAAUUCACGCCGCUUUGACAUUUUCUUUCUAAAAUGACCAACAAUCAGUCUUUGAAAGCCACGUUUCUCAUGUGUACUGCAAUUCUAGCAAGUGUACUGCACACUACUAGCAAGGCCCUCACAUUGCAACCGAAUGGAGAGCUAAAAGGUCAAGUGGAAAAUGUUGACAGGGCAAUGCAUCACUUAAGGGUGAAAAGAGGCUGGGUCUGGAAUCAGUUCUUUGUUCUGGAGGAGUAUACCGGCUUGGAGCCUUUGUAUGUUGGCAAGCUUCAUUCGGACAUGGAUAGAGGUGAUGGGUCUAUCAGGUACAUCCUUUCUGGAGAAGGUGCUGGCACAAUGUUCACUAUUGAUGACAACACUGGUGACAUUCAUGCAAUUCAGCGGCUUGACAGAGAGGAGAAAGCCCAGUAUGUUCUCCGUGCACAGGCAGUGCAGAGACAGACUGGCAUGCCAUUGGAACCUGAGUCAGAGUUUAUUGUUAAAAUUCAAGACAUUAACGACAAUGAACCCCAGUUCCUGGAUGGACCUUACAGAGCAUCUGUACCUGAAAUGUCAAUGACAGGAACCUCUGUUUUACAGCUGACCGCUACUGAUGCUGAUGACCCAACGUAUGGAAACAGUGCCAGGGUUGUCUAUAGCAUUCUGCAGGGUCAGCCUUACUUUUCUGUGGAGCCAAAAACAGGCAUCAUCCGAGUGUCUUUGCCCAACAUGGAUCGGGAAGCCAAAGAACAUUAUGAAUUGAUCAUUCAAGCCAAAGAUAUGGGGGGCCAAAUGGGAGGUUUGGCUGGUACCACAACUGUCAAUAUCACCCUCAGUGACGUCAAUGACAAUCCUCCUAGAUUCCCACAGAAGCUUUACCAGAUGAGUGUUCCAGAGUCCGCUCCAGUUGGCUCUGUAGUUGGAAGAGUCAGAGCCAAAGACCUGGAUGUGGGAAUCAAUGCUGAGAUGCGGUACACCAUCAUUGACGGAGAUGGGAGAGACACAUUUGACAUUAACACAGACCCUACCAAUCAAGUUGGAAUUAUUACAAUAAAAAAGCCACUUGACUUUGAAAGCAAAAAGAGCUACACCUUAAAAAUAGAAGGGGCCAAUACACAUGUGGACUCAAGAUUUCUGAACAAGGGUCCUUUCAGUGAUGUAACCAUUGUACAUAUCAGUGUGGAGGAUGUUGAUGAGCCCCCAAAAUUUGACUCCAGCUCCUAUUAUGUCGAGGUGGCAGAAGAUGUGGAGAUUGGCACGGUCUUUCAGAUUGUAUCUGCAAAAGACCCUGAUAUAUCCAACAAUUCAGUUAGGUAUUCUAUUGAUAGAAGCAGUGAUCGUGGAAAGUAUUUUUACAUAGAUCUCACAUCUGGAGCAUUGAUGCCUGCUAGGCCCUUGGAUCGUGAAGAAAUCUCUUGGCACAACAUUACAGUUCUUGCUGUGGAAAUGACCAAUCCAUCACAAUUUGGAACUGUGUCUGUUAUGGUUAAAGUCCUUGAUGUUAAUGACAACCCCCCAGAACUGGCAAAGUACUAUGACGCAUUUGUUUGUGAGAAUACCAAAGCUGGGCAGCUGAUUCAGACGGUUACUGCUGUGGACUUAGAUGACCCUCUUGCAGGCCAACAUUUCUAUUAUAGCCUGGCGCCCGAGGCAGCUAACAACCCAAACUUCACCCUCAGAGACAAUCAAGACAACACUGCAUUUAUACUGAGCAGGAGAGGAGGGUUCAGUCAGCAGGAACAGAGCAUCUACUACCUUCCUAUCCUCAUAUCAGAUGGAGACCAGCCCAUGCAGAGCAGCACUAGCACCCUCACCAUCAGAGUGUGUAGUUGCGAUACAGAUGGGAACGUUAUGUCUUGCACGGCAGAACCAUACACGCUUCCUGUUAGCCUGAGUAGAGGAGCUCUAAUUGCCAUUCUUGCCUGCAUUUUUGUGUUACUUGUGAUGAUUCUGCUUAUCCUUUCACUGCGGAAUUAUAAGAAGAAACCCUACUUAACAGAUGAAGAGGAAAAUGUGCAUGAGAACAUUGUGCGCUAUGAUGAUGAGGGCGGGGGAGAAGAGGACACAGAAGCCUUUGACAUUGCUGCCAUGUGGAACCCCAGGGAAGCUCAGCUCUCUAAGAUCAGACAGGACAUGGUGCCCGAGAUUGAAAGUCUUUCGCGCUACGUUCCACAGACCUGCAUGGGAGAAAGUAAUGUUCACAGCUAUGUACUUGCCAAACUCUAUGAGGCUGACACAGACCUCUGUGCUCCCCCUUAUGAUUCAUUACAGACCUAUGCCUAUGAAGGGGAGGGGUCUGUGGCAGAUUCCCUUAGCUCUUUGCAGUCAGUCUCUACAAACAAUGACCAUGACUACGACUACCUUAGUGAAUGGGGUCCACGCUUUAAAAAGUUGGCUGAUUUGUAUGGUGUCUCAGAGGCGAAUGAUGUACUGUGGUAACCAUUUGGCCAGCAACACCAGAUCUAUUCUGCAUAUUACAGAAAUUUUGCAAAUAAUAACUGUGCCCUCAUGCCUGUAGGGUGUCUAUGACUGAGAACUCAAAGAGCGGUCACAGUUGCAGUUCAAGGGGCAUUCUUCAAAAUUUCAUAUAAUUCAAAAUAAAAAAAAAUGAAUAUGUGAAAACUGAGAUGUUCGGAUUUUUAACAUCAUACAAUAAAACAAUUGCCAAGAUUCUUCAAUGGAGGACUUCGGAUCUUGUGAUAAAAAUGAGCACGAUCAACUGGAGAGUGACGCAAUCUAAUGGCGCAGUGCUCACUCAGACUAACCCUACAAAAUGGAGGAACAAGGCUCAGCAAUGUGCUGCCUAGAAAAUAAAUACAUUAUGCUUGAUAUUGCAGUUACUACUUGUAUGUCUUGGAUGGACCCUUACUUUAGGUCUGCUUAGAGAUAGACUUAUAGUAGUUGUAUCCAUAUGACCAUGUCAACUUCAAAAGAAAUGCAUUUCUUUUUAUAUUUCCAUCCUGCUAGAAGGUUCCAGAAUUGAGGUAAAACAAUUCAAUUCUGUGUAAACAAAUAGGUUUUCAUUUGAAAUGACACAGGAUUUUCAACCUUUAUGCAACUAGAUAAUCCUUUUGACAACACAUUAAAAUAUAAAGAAAGUUUUUAUAAUUUGAUUUAUUUUUACAUUUUCAGAUUUCAUUUAAAAUAUGAUAAGCAAUAUGUACUGUAUAUGUAGCUUACAAGUUCCAUUGUAGAAGACUGAACCACUUAUCAAACCCUGUGUUUAUUGGUUUAAUUUGAACUAUAAAUUGUAUACCAGACAUAAUUUAAAAAAUGUAUAUAUAUAUAUAUAUAUAUAUAUAUAUAUACAAACAUAUAUAUGUUUGUAUGUAUGUAUUUGAACUCACAGGCCUUUACAGUGACUCUUACAUAGAUUAUGGAGUAACAUUUUUUUGAUAAAUAGACAUACAGUAUGUGUUUCAAAGAAGAAAGCAACUAUACCACAUUAUGUUAUUUUGCUUGUUGUUAAUGAAUCCUGAGAAUUUAAUUAUUAUAAUUAUUUUUAAGAAACAGGUAGCAAGAAAAAUUCUUUAUUUUCAAUUACAGUGCAUAAUGAUAAAUUAAACUAGUUGAAAAUGAAACCUGCUUGUUUGCACAGUUACCUUGAUUUUAUGCUGAAGUGCCAAAUGUAAAAUGAACCUUCUACUGGAAAGCCAAAAAAGUAAAAGAAAAAAAAAAUCAGACUUUAAAGAUGGCUCAGUAAAGUUUUUUCUCAGUAAUGUUUACAGGGGAAGCCUACUUGAAAUAAACACAGUAGCAACAGUGUUACAUGUAUUUAAUUGUACAGUAAAUACCUUUUGUAUAUUUGGAAUAAACAUAAAGA